AUGCGCGGCUCCUCCUCCGUGGGCCCACGUGAGCGGUGAGGACAGGCCGAGGUGGUUUCUAGGUGCUGCCGCCGCGCCUCCGCCACCGUCGUUGCCACCUCAAAGCCCGGGCCUGGGGGGCGGUGGGGCCGCGCAUGGAGCCCCCGCCCCCCGGAGCUGCCAGCACUGCCGCUGCUCUACGCACAGCCUCUCAGCUCAGAGCCAUCUGUCCUCCAGGUACCCCUGGAAUGGCAUGAGCAUUCCCCCAGCGAUGGACCCCUCUGUGACGCUGUGGCAGUUUCUGCUGCAGCUGCUGAGAGAGCAAGGCAAUGGUCACAUCAUCUCUUGGACCUCACGGGAUGGUGGUGAGUUCAAGCUGGUGGAUGCUGAGGAGGUUGCCCGGCUGUGGGGGCUGCGUAAGAAUAAGACCAACAUGAAUUACGACAAGCUCAGCCGGGCCUUGCGGUACUACUAUGACAAGAACAUCAUCCGCAAAGUGAGUGGGCAGAAGUUUGUCUACAAGUUUGUGUCCUACCCAGAGGUUGCAGGGUGCUCCACUGAAGACUGCCUGCCCCAGCCUGAGGUGUCCAUCACCUCCGCUGUGGCAAAUGUGGCCCCUGCUGCUGUGCAUGCCAUCUCUGGGGACACUGUCUCUGGGAAACCAGGCCCACCCAAGGGUACAGGAAUGGCAGGCCCAGGCAGCCUGGCACGCAGCAGCCGGAACGAAUACAUGCGCUCAGGCCUCUAUUCCACCUUCACCAUCCAGUCCCUGCAGCCACAGCCGCAGCCACCCUCUCACCCUCGUCCUGCCUCAGUGCUCCCCACCACCACCCCUGCAGGAGCAGCAGUGCCCCCCUCGGGGAGCAGGAGCACCAGCCCAUGCCCCUUGGAGGCCUGCCUGGAGGCUGAGGAGGCCAGCCUGCCGCUGCAGGUCAUCCUGACCCCACCCGAGGUCCCGAACAUUAAAUCAGAAGAGCUGAAUGUGGAGCCUGGGUUGGGCCGGCCACUGCCCCCAGAAGUGAAAGUGGAGGGGCCCAAGGAAGAGUUGGAAGCUGCAGCCAGUGGGGAGGCGGGGUUUGUACCAGAAGUCAUUAAGGUGGAGCGAGAAGGCCCUCCCGUGGAGGGCGUGGCCGCCCGACUGCCCCUGGUCGUUAUGGAGACUGCUGCGCACGUGGGUGUUCUCGCAACUUCCACAGCUCCCAGAACCGAGAUCUCCCAGCCUGCGAAGGGCCGGAAGCCCCGGGACCUAGAGCUUCCACUCAGCCCAAGCCUGCUAGGUGGGCCGGGACCCGAACGGACUCCAGGAUCAGGAUCCAGCUCCGGUAUGCAGGCACCAGGGCCGGCGCUGACGCCAUCCCUGCUACCCACACACACACUGACCCCGGUGCUGCUGACGCCCAGCUCGCUGCCCCCCAGCAUUCAUUUCUGGAGCACCCUGAGUCCCAUUGCACCCCGUAGCCCCGCCAAGCUCUCCUUCCAGUUUCCGUCCAGUGGCAGCGCCCAGGUGCACAUCCCUUCCAUCAGCGUGGAUGGACUCUCAACCCCCGUGGUGCUCUCCCCAGGGCCCCAGAAGCCAUGACUACUACCACCACCACCACCCACCCCCCUGGGGUCACUCCUUCCAUGCCAGCCGCCUCAAGGAGAAACAUAGUUGAGCUGACAGACUCAUGCUGUGGUUGUGUUGGGGUGGGGAUUCUUAGGAAGAAGGAUCUCUCAGUAAUUCUUCCACAGAAAACAUACAACUUCUCUUUUCCUGGUCAGCCCCCCAGUGGCCGCCCUUACACGUCUCCUACUGCUGUGAUGGGGGCAGUUUAUUUAUUUAUUUUUUGAAGGCCACUGGGAGGAGCCUGGCCCAACCUUUUUGGGGGGUUAGUGAGGGCAUCUCCCCCAUCUCCACACUUUACCCUCAAGAUGAGACAGUCAGGAUCUGGCUUGAGAAGGACCUUUAUUUAUUUCUCAGCCUGCCCUUGGGGAGCUGAGGGAGCCCUGUCUCCAUUUGGAGAUAUGAGUAGAAGAGCUAGCUUAUUAGAGUUUAUUAUUCCUGGCCAUACCAAGAGUCCAGAAGACUUCGUGCCAUUUAAUGGUUUGGGAGUCUUGGCCAAGGAAGACUCACACCCUUGAAACAGAAAUGUCCACCUCCCCAGCCUUUCUCUCAGACAUGAACUUUUGUCCAGGGAGGAAUGCCCCUUUUGUUCUUCUCCCACUGAGAAACCAUUCCUGUGUCUGCCAAACUCCUGGGGUCCUGCCUGUUACCUCCCAAUGGAGGGUUUUUUGAGGAGUGGUCCCCGUCUGGGGGGCCUUUCCAGCUAGUACUCCAGGUCUCCUUGUCCCCCACCCCUUGCCAUUUUGAUAGUAUAAUCUAUUUUUAAACAGGGCUUUUCAAUAGGGGAGAGAGGGGCAUCUCUUCCUGUAUCUGAAAUGGGGAGGGUGGGAAGGAAGGGAUUUGGAGGGGUGAGUCUUCCUGCCACUCCCAGGUGUUUAUUUUUGAUACCAAAUAUGUAUUUUCAGCUCCCUCCCAGCCCCCCAGUUUCCUGCAGGCGGGUACAAAGGACCCUUUAAGUGUCCCUGGAGUUGGGAGGGAGGAAUGGGGGACAUAAAGCCUGUCCUAUAUGAAUUCCAGACUGGAGAGAGUGGGUUCAAAGGACUCUUGGGCUCACCUCCUGUCAGCACUGGCCGAGCCUGGGCCUGGGGACCUGGGGGUUGGUGAUCUGAGGAACAGUGCUACACCUGUCUCCACUGUUUGUUUUACUUCCCCCCAAAUGGAUCUUUUUUCUAAGAGUCCCAGAGAGUGGAGAAUUGUUCCUGUAAAUAUAUAUUUUUAAAGGUGA